CCCUUCCUCUUCGCUUUUUGGUAACAAUUGAUUUUUUUUUUUGCCCAAAUCAGAUAAUAAAGGUUGUGACGCGUUUAUCAUCACUGCUUCACCAAAAGUAGUGUCUGCAGAGACUGCAAUAAAGAAAAAAUUCUUUUACCUAUUUGACUAUGUUACAAAACUGUUCUACCACAGUUCAUUUAACUUCUUACUCAAAAGAAUAAAAGUUGUGAUUGAAAAUAUACAUUUUUUAAUUAAUAAAUAAAGCUAUGACCGAACAACCUUUAAUUACUUCAACAAAUAAUAAUAUUUUAUCACGUUUACCGAGAAAUGGGAAAAAUAAUUCUACUUGUAAAAAUUAUCCCCUAACGGAGGAAAAUUUAAAACUUCAUACUGGAAUGGUGCCUUCGUCACGAGAAACGAAAGCGCAUUUUGUAUUAAUAUAUGUUGAUUUACAAAAACAACUAGUGGCUCUGGAAGCUCAAUUGAAGAAAGAAGCGGAAGAAGCCAAAGAAAAAUUCAAUGCAUCUUUACCUGAAAAUACACCACCUGUUAUACCUGAAGUAAUACAUGUACCACAAUCACCACAAACUUCAUCGCCUACUUUUGAUGAUGAAGUGACUUCUUCAUUCCCAACAAACGAUGUCAUUUGUUCAAAUGAACCUGAAAUCAGUUCACCAAAAUCCAUUGAAGAAAUUCCUUCACUUUUAGACUCCGUAAUAAAAAAUGGAAGAAAAUCACAACGUAUAAAAAAUUUAUUUAAAAAAACAGUGGAUAAAUUAACGUUGAUAAUAAAGAGGUCGUCUAAUGACGAUGAUAAUAAUUUAACACCACAUUUUGACAGAGAGAUAGCUUCUUUAAACGUAGAACUAUCAGUACCACCAUCACCUUCUCAAUCAACUGUAAGAUCAAGAAGAAAUUCUUCUUCACGUCCAAAGGCACCUUUUAAAAGUAUUUUUAUCCCACAUUCAUCUAAAUCUACUCAUAACAGAACAAAUAGUGUGGACACAACGAAUACCCUUUCUAUUCAUCCAACUAGUCUUUCUUCAUCUCUUAAUAAUAAUGCUUAUAGUUCCGUUCAAAAUUCUCCUCUUUUGCCUCCUUUAUUAACUUCAAACACGAAUACUCAUUUGAAUUCUGAAAUAAGGAAUGAUUUAUCUUCAAGUUUACCAUUUUCAAAUAACUCUUCGCCGCCUUCACCCAAUAAUGAAAAGUGUGAAAAUGAUGUUUGUAAAACAUCCCCUGAGUAUCGAGAUAGUGGAAUUUCUUUAGUGCCUCCUGGAGGAAGAUCGGGUCAUCAUUCACGUGAGCAUUCGAUUUCAUCAAUAUUACGGAAAGUGGGAAAUUUUCAUGCUUUUCAGAAAGAUAAUCAACAUCAUGAUGGUCAUCGUAGAGAAAAAAGUUGGGGUCCAUUUUCUUCAAUAAUAAUUGGAUCUAAGGAUAAUGAAAUGCAAUUAUUAGCAUUUCGGUAUCCAAGUAUACAAAGUACUGAUAUUUAUGUUGAUAGUAGAGAUUUUAGUGGAAUGGAAGAUCAAGAUAAUAGUAGCUGCAGUGGUGGUGCAUUCGUUUCAGAAUUUGAUGGUAUGUCUGGUAAGCAAAAAGAUAGGGAACGUUCAGUGACAUUCGAUUUGGACGAUCAACAACCGUCAACAUCAGACGAAGAAACUGGAUUAAAUAAGAGGAAAAGAUGUAGUACCAUAAAUAAAAAUGCACAGUCGACAAUUAUUCCUAUGGAUUUUUCCGAUAAUAUUAUGAAAGAAAUAGACGCGUUGAAUAUUUCACAUACCUCGGAUAUUAAAUAACGAAUGGAUUAUUUAAAUUUUUCUAAUAAUUUAAUUAAAAACUAAACGAACAAUUUAUCAUGCAAUAUUCUUUAUUGUAUGAAUAUUCAAAUAAUUUUAUACAAACUUAAAUUCAUUGUUUAAGUUAUCAAAUUGUAAUUUAAGAUUUUUUAUUGAUGGUACAUUAAUUUAUAUAGUAUCAUGUAAAUAACUGAUAUUUUGGUAUAUCACUAAAAGGGUGAUAUGGACAAGGAAAAAAAAAGUUUUAAAAUAAAGCAAUUAUAAAAAAAUAUAAUUC